CCCCCUCCAAAGAACUGUAAUUAUAUUAGAGAAGCUGCAGGGGCUUUAAACAGUUCUUUCCAGUUCCUUUGCUUUUUGCUGCCUUUCCCUGCUCUGCUGUCCCGUUUGGAUCUUGGAAUUUUUAUUUUUAUUUAUAGGGUGUGUGGUUCUCGUGCUGAAGAUCCACAGUGAGGCAUGGCUAAUUUUGUUAGAAGCUGAUACUUUAGUCUGAUCUGCAGGCAUUGCCUUGGGAAAGGUUUAGAUUGUUCUGGGGGGCCAGGACUCUACAGAGAAGACAAAUUCAGAGAGGCACCAAAAGAACAAACAGAAUAGGAAAAGAGGAGGACCUCCCACCUGUUAUUUCUGCAUCUCCUGAUUGAGUCAGUGACCCAGAAGAAUUAUCUAAGCUGCGGUAUAACUUGACCUCUUUAGAAUAUCUCUCACCAUCACUGCUAUGGCUGAGAUUACAACAGAAGGACAUAUGUCAACCACCACCACAGUGAUGGACAACAACAAUGGAUCAGUUCUCACGCCACCAGUGAAAGUGGGAAAGAAGUCAGUUACAGAGGACAUAAUGACAACAUUCAGCUCGCCAGCAGCAUGGCUUCUUGUUGUUGCUCUGAUUGUUACCUGGUCAGCAGUAGCUAUUAUAAUGUUUGACCUGGUGGAUUACAAAACCUUUGCAGGAAGCUCUGUUAACAAGCUCAGCAAGGAGCCACUGAGAAUCAUACAUCAGACCGUGGAAGAAUCCACUGAUUGGCUUUAUGGUUUGAUUUCUUUACUGUCUGACAUCGUAUCGACUGAUGAUGAUGACAGUGAUGAAGGUGAAGUGGAACCUCCGUUGAAAAAAAAAGCUGAAAUUCACCCUGUGACCAAAAAAAAAGAAAUUCAUAAAGACAAGCCUGCCAGACAAGAAAAACUCGAAAAACCAGCACCAAAGGCGAUGUACAAAGACAAAUCUGAAAGACCAGAAAAACCUGAAAAGAAAGAAAAACCCACAGUUGCUCACAAAACCAAACCUGAAAAACAGGAGAAAGCUGAAAAAGCACCUCCAAAAGUCAUUCAAAAAGACAAACUUGAAAGAGACGAAAAAGUUGAAAAGAAAGCUCCGCCUAAAGGAAAAUAUUCCUUUUCAUUAUAUUUUGAUUUUACAACGGUUUAUGCUGAAAAGUUUAACCUUUCUUUUGAAUUGUUUAAGAUAAUCAGAAUAAAAGCAGAAGAGAAGAAAGCAAAAAGCACCAAAGUUGAAGAAAAAGUUAAAAAGGAAGUGAAAGAUGGAAAAGCUGAAUCAAAGAUAGUCGAAAAAGGCAAGCAGACAGAAACUAAAGAAGAGGACAUUGGGUUAAUAAAGGCCAAACCAAAAGUGAAGGAGGAGAAAGCAGUGAAGUCUGAAACAAAAUCAGAAAAGAAAGAUCAAUAUGCAUUCUGUCGCUAUGUGAUUGACAUGUUUGCGCAAGGGGAUUUUUAUACAGGACAAAAGGAAACAGUGCCUCCUCAUCUACUGGUAGAACAAAAUCCAAGGAAGAAGCCUGCAGCACUAGCAAUUGAAGAAGAAAAGCCUCUUGUGAUAGCUAAGGAAGUGAAAAGAACAGAAGAGGAAAAGAGGAUAACCCAAGAGAAGAGAGCUAUUCCUGAAACUAAAAAGAAAGAAAAAGAAGAGGAAAAAAAGAAAUCCCCUGAGAAGACUGUCUCUGAAGUAAACAAAGCAGAGCCAGCAAAAGCUCCUGCAGUCAAACCAGCCACUAUAAAAGUAGCAGCACCAGUUUCCAAGACAGCAGCAGCAGCUAAAACAGCAGAAGAAUCACCCAAGAACGAAAAGCUGGUGGAAACUGCCAAACCACUGAAGAAGGAAAUACCUGCAGUAGCUCCAAAAGAACCUGUAUCUGUGGAAAGUCAUAAGGUAAAAGAAACUGGACAAGCCAAACAGCAAGUUGUUGCAGUUCCAGCUAAGACAGCAGUACCUGAAAAGAAGGAAGAAAAAAGAACGAAGGCUGUGGAGCAAGAUAAACCAAAGCCGAAAGAAACAAAACCUGUAAAAGAGAAAGAAGUGAAACCUCCAGCUGCAACAAAGGAUAAAGAGCAUUUCAAAGAAAAGGAAGUAAAGCAUCCUGCAGCUUUAAAAGAUAAAGAGCGUGUAAAAGAAAAAACUGUGAAGACUCCAGAAGUUCCAAAGGACAAAGAGCCUGUUAAAAGGAAAGAAGUGAAGCCUCCAGCAGCCUUAAAGGAAAAGGAGCCUUCAAAAGAAAAAGAAGAGAAGCCUCCAGUUGUUCUCAAAGAAAGAGGGGCCACAAGAAAACAAGCAGUGAAGCCUCCAGUUGUCAUCAAAGGAAAAGACGUGAAGAAUGGCAUUUUUCCUCCUAUUUCAGCUCCAGUGAAAAGUGAAGGUGAGAAGAAAGAACCUGAAGUCAAAAAAGAAGAAAAGCCAGCAAAACCAGUGAUUUUAGAAGCCAAAAAGAUGAAAGAUGCUAAAGUAGUCCUUCAUCCUGCUGCUGAAGGCAAAAAAGUCGAGGCCAAACUAUCAACUACAGUAGUGGAACCUCAUGAACACAAGCAUGAAUCUAUUAAACAAGAAAAAGCUGUUUCCCAUGCCAAACCAGAGGAAAAAAUCAAACAAGAAAAGACAGUUCCCACUGAAAAAUCAGUCAAGUCAAAGCCAGCAAAGCAUGAAGCUGUUAGACACGAAAAAGAAGUUCUACAAACAAAAUCAGCCAGAUCAAAAGUAACUGCAAAACCAGCACCUGAUAUGACAGUAGCAGCCAAGAAAAAAAAAGAAAAGGCUGCAAAGGAAAGAGAAGCAAAAACAGAGAAGAAACAUCCCAAAGAGGGAAAAGCCAAAGCAGUGCCAACAGUAAAAGAAAUUCUAAGACAGCACAACCUGACAACAGAGAAGAUUUCUAAAGCUGCAAAAACAGCAAAAGAAUAUGCAGAAAUAAUUUCCAUUAAAAAAGACAAAGCUCCAGUCCGCUUCUUCCAAUGUGUCUUCCUAGAUGGAUACAAUGGAUAUGGAUUACAGUUCCCCAUUACUCCAGCUCCCAGCCAUGAAAAGAGAGCUGGUCAACCAAAGACUUCAGCGCGGAAGUCAAAGACACCAGGACAGUAGAGAGACAUGUGAUCUGUGUAUUUUUGAGACUUCGCACUUUAUCCCUUCUACUGAGGUCCACAGUAACUACAGUGGUACUUGUUACUGUAGACAUGUGAUCCAGUAGAUGUCAUGCACCUGGAAAUGUUUUUUACUGUCUGGUGCUGAGGGAAAAGAGGUGGUGGAUGAACAGUGUUCAUCCAAACAAUACUAAUAUUAUUCUUGAGGAAAGGCUUUGGUGUUGAAAUAGUGUUUGUCAGAUUGUGCAGUUUGUUUGUGCAUGUGCAUUUUCCUGCCUCUUCUGCUCUUCUUAUUUUUCCCCUACCUGUUCUGAAUUCAGGUAUGUCUAUUUUCCAUGUAGUGAUUUUUAAAGAGCAAAAAAUAUAAAUGCAAGGACUAUUUCAAUAAGAUUAUUUUGCAAGAUUACCUGGAAUUCUAAAUCAUGUCCUGUCAAUGUUCAAUCAGAUCUCUGAUACGGAAAAAGCCUCAGUAAAUCUGAAAAUGUGCUCCAUGACUGGUGCUAUUUUUAUGUAUAAUUGACCAGUUUAGAAUGAAGCUCACAUCUUACCUUUAAGCUGCUCAGUGUACCAUAGAAAGGUUCACUAUCCAAACAGUUAAUUAUGAGUAUUUACAUUUAAGUUGAAGGCAAGCAAUACAAACUUGCUAUAAAAUAUGUAAAAUCAUAACACCUCAUUUCCCUUUCAUUUUGAGACCUGGGAAAGUGAGCCAAGGUGGGCCUACCAAAAGAGAGGUGAAGCAAGGAGGUAAAUUGUGAAGAUCUCAUGAAUGGGAAGGAAAUUCUUUUACUUCCUCUGUCUCUUCUUGGACGAAGUCAUUAUCAAGUCAGCACAGACUGCAGAUAGAUCAUGCUGGCCAAUUAUUUGUUAGAAAAAGUCAGGAAGGAAGCUAUAUCAUCAGACACUACUUGUGAAACAAAACCAAAUUUUCAAGUAAAAAUACCAGCAUGAUACAAUCUUGGAGCAAUUAGCAAAAACAGGGCAUGUGCAAGAAAUCUUGUUAGUUAAUUUUGUCAGAUAAGAUGGAAGGCCUUAUAAGCUAUUAGCUGGGCCUCCGUCAAAGUGCACUGUAUGGUCAGUUACUUUUAGGAUGGGUGCAGCAAGUAAACAUGCCAGUCCUCAACCAUCUUGUUUAUUUCUUCAGAUGGAUUAGCUGUGUCAAAGAAAAGGAAUGUGCUGGUACUUGACCUGUGUGAAGGUGUCUGAUUGUAAAUCAGUGUUGUGAUUGUCUGUACAUGUCUAGCAAUGUAAAUAAUAAUGCAUUUUUGCAAGCUGCUAUUUUUCCUCCUUACUAUAUUUAUUAAUUUAAUCUGUGAACCGUAUAGCUAUGAUCCCAGUUUCACAGUUACCAUCUGAAAUACCAUGAAUUUUAACAUAACUCAUGAAAUAGAUCCUCUCACACCUGUAAAUCAUAUAUAGCUUUUUUUUUCAGUAUAGCUCAAGAUAAACAUUACCAUAACACUGAUGGUUAUCUCAAUAGGAAGAUUGAUUUACAUAGGUUUCAGAUAACAUGUCCCAGAAGGACUCAGGCAAUUUUUAAUGGGAUAUGGAGUUAUUUUAGCUCUAGGUCACUGGGUCAGAUUGGUAAUGGCUGAAAGUUGUUACUUUCUGAUUGAUGUUCAGUGGCCUAUAUGAAAUGAGUUCUUGGUCUUAGCACACUUCUGUGUUAUGCCUCUCAAAAUCUACCAUCCCACCAGAUGGCCUUGACAGCCAUUUAGAAACUCAAUUACCAUCUUGUGUCUAGGGGUUGUUCUUCCCAAUCAGGAAGGGGACACAUUGGGGAUGUGGGUGUAGAGUGCUCUGACUCUGCAGUAACCAGAGCUGUAAGCCUGGAAGUCCCAGGGUUUUUUUCAGCAGGAGUUCUCCCCACCCCCACCCCCACAACCACUCUCCACCCCCCCUCAGAGGUCCCCAUCAAUAUAUCUUUUGUGUCUCACCACAAAUUGUGUGUAUUUCAGUGUGUCAUUACACAGGUUGCUGUUCUAUGAUUUUCCUACUAAGGCUGUCUUAAUGAAGGGAUUAUAACUUUCAGAAGGUCAGUUCAUUUAAUUCAUAGAUUUAUCCAAUUCAAAUGAUCAGCACGACAUUUAAUUUUUUAUAUAUCCACAAGCUGUUGUGGGUUUUUUAGCUUUUUUUGACACUUGAUUUCCCUUUUUGCUCA